UCACAAACGCCGAUCUAAAAUGUCUGUUGUGUUUGCCGUAAUGCCGUAUAAACACGCGUCGUUAGCCGAUUAAUGUUCUGUUUCCAUAAAUUGUUUUCUCUACUCUUUUAGUUUUUACGCUAACAUCACUUAAUAAUUAACGUACUCCAGUUGCGUUUAACGCUUCACUAAUACACUACAUACCCGUACAAUGGCAGACGCUGAUGAUCUUUUAGACUACGAAGAAGACGAACAGAAUGAAACCGUCGAAAGCGAUGACAAGAAACAAGCCAAAAAAGAAGUAAAGGGUAACUAUGUGUCCAUACACAGUUCGGGUUUCCGUGAUUUCCUCUUAAAACCGGAAAUAUUGAGAGCAAUCGUUGACUGUGGUUUCGAACAUCCGUCCGAAGUGCAGCACGAGUGUAUACCACAGGCUAUGUUGGGCAUGGAUAUUCUAUGCCAAGCCAAGUCCGGUAUGGGUAAAACGGCCGUGUUUGUAUUAUCCACCUUACAGCAGUUGGAAGUAUAUGAGAGCGAGGUAUAUGCUCUGGUCUUGUGCCACACCAGAGAAUUGGCUUUCCAGAUAAGCAAAGAAUUUGAGCGCUUUACUAAAUACUUGCCGGCAGUCAAGGUCAGUGUUUUCUUUGGUGGUGUGCCCAUCACAAAAGACGAAGAUACGCUAAAGAACAACAAGCCACAUGUAGUUGUAGGCACACCCGGUCGCAUUCUAGAACUGAUCAGAAAAAAAAAAUUGGUUCUCAAUAAUCUGAAGCAUUUCAUUUUGGAUGAGUGUGAUAAAAUGUUGGAGAUCUUACACAUGCGAAGUGAUGUCCAAGAAAUAUUUAAGAAUACACCGUUUAACAAACAAGUAAUGAUGUUCAGUGCCACACUUAGCAAAGAUAUACGACCUGUCUGUAAAAAGUUUAUGCAACAACCAUUGGAAGUGUAUGUUGAUGAUGAUGCCAAACUAUCAUUACACGGCCUCCAGCAAUACUAUGUUAAGCUCACUGAAAAGGAAAAAAAUAAGAAAUUGUUUGAUCUUCUAGACGAACUAGAAUUUAAUCAGGUUAUCAUUUUUGUUAAAUCUGUUCAACGUUGUGUAGUCUUAACAGAGCUACUAAAUGAACAAAAUUUCCCAUCUGUUGCCAUGCAUGGUGGUAUGUCCCAACAAGAUCGAUUGAAGUUCUACCAAGAGUUCAAAGAUUUCCAAAAACGAAUAUUGGUGGCCACCAAUUUGUUUGGUCGAGGAAUGGAUAUAGAACGAGUGAACAUUGUUAUAAACUAUGACAUGCCUGAAGACACCGACACCUAUCUACAUAGAGUGGCAAGAGCAGGACGAUUUGGUACCAAAGGAUUAGCAAUUACUUUCAUUUGUGAAGAAACUGAUGCAAAAGUUUUGAAUAGUGUUCAAGAUAGGUUUGAUGUCACCAUUGGUCGAAUGCCUAAUGAAAUUGAUCUUAGUUCUUAUGUUGAGAGAAAAUAACUUUUAUAAUAUCUAAUAUUUUAUGAAAUUUUACAAAAACAAUGAUAAUAAUAUGAUAGCUUGACUUAUGAUUUUCAAGUUUUGCAAGACAUAUUCUUUCAUUCAAAAGUGUAUUACUCUCUUAAGUGGUUUACUUCACCUUUGAGUAAUCAUUUUAAAUAUAAACUAUGGAAUAAUUUUGUCAAUUUUUUUUUGCAUUUGUGUAUUGUGUAUGGUUUAAUAUUUAGGAACAUUAGAUAUUAUCUUCAAUAUAUGACUAGAAGUUAAGAUUGUACAUAAUAAUGCAACUGACUUAAUUAUUAAACUAAUGUGCAAACUGUAUUGAUAGUAGUUUUUUAAAUUUUCCAAUAAACUUAGACAAAAAAUUCUUUUUUUAAUAUAAAGUGUUUAUUAAUGAUCACUUAAAGUAUUACUAAUAAAUUAUCAUAAUUUAAUUUUUUAUAAAUGCCAAAUUGAUUUCUACAUUUAACAAUUGUGUUGAAUUUUGUUCUACUAGUUUAGUUUGAUUAAUUAAAUUGAAAUUCUUUAAAAUUAA